GGAAAAGCGUGUUGGUGUUCGUGUCGAGCAAGGGAACAACAAAAAAUGUCGAUGCUCUCUGCAAAAUCCACCUCCACUUCCGCGUCGUCCUCCACUGCUUCCUACCUGGCACGACCCAAGGCACCACCGCGAGCAGGAGGCACCAGCGGCUCCAGUUCUUCCUCUUCGUCCAGCUCGUCAUCCUAUAGGACGUUGCGCAUUCCUACCCCGAAGCAAGUUUAUGCUAUGGAUGCAC